AAGCUCACAGAGGGACACUGAGAGGCAGAAAAGGGGAGAAAAAAAAGAGAGAGAAGAGGGGGGAAGAUUGCACCUGAAGAGGAAUAUAAUACGGGAUGAAAGGAGACACCCCAGUGAACAGCACCAUGAGUGUCGGCCAAGCCAGGAAACUGGUGGAGCAACUGAAGAUAGAGGCUAGUUUCUGCAGGAUAAAGGUAUCAAAGGCAGCAGCCGACCUGAUGGCGUACUGCGACGCACAUGCCUGUGACGACCCCCUGAUCACCCCCGUGCCCACCUCAGAGAACCCUUUCAGGGAGAAGAAAUUCUUCUGCGCUCUGCUUUGAGACAAAUCAGGGAUUGUUGUGAUUAAAAGUACAACUGUACAGUAUGUACAUGUAUGUACAGUGUGUACACGUACUUCCAAUUGAAAUAAGACAUCAAUGUACUAUAGUAAAGUUGCAUAAAAGCUGCCGAUGUACAGUACAUAAUCAACUACAAAAUGUCUUGAACUAAAUUCUUUAACUGCUAAUAUCUGUCUCAAGGUUAGAGGGGAAGGAAAAAAAUAACAUGGGGAUUUGAAACCUAAACAUCCAAUCUAUAAAGAGUGUUAUCACUAUCAAGACCCAAAAAACACAAGACUAGAAGUCUGAAGAAAAGAAAUUUUAAGAACAGCUGGUUGAGAUCACCUGGUUGAAAACACGUACAUCUCAUGCUCAUAUAUGUUACAGGUAACUGCCAAAAAGGACAACAUGCUGAGCGUCAAAUGACUGUCGGCUCCACCAGUCACAGGAACUCGCCCAUAUGGGUCCUGCGGCAUUUGAAACAUUUACCUAGGACGCUAAAUUCCCACAUUAGGUCUAUGGAUUAUGGUGGUGCUAUAUGUCUCAGAUGCUGCUCUGAUCGGUCAGGGCUGUAAGUCCUACUCAUAUAAACUGUCCAUACAUUUGAGAUCUGGCAUCUGAGACAAAGACAAGCCUACGUAAGGUAAUUAAGUAAGACAUUUGCCAUAAAUGACAGUUUCCAUUUGGUGACUGCUUUGUAGAUGGAGGAAAUAACACCCAUAUUCCAUCAGAAUAGAAAUGCUUUACUUACAAAUAGAGAUCUUCAUACCGCUUUUUUUUUUCCCCAUUGACAUUUAGAUUGUCCUUUAGAGCUGCAUCCCAUCAUGUUUUGGCAGUUACGUGUAUCUUCUGGGGACAACAACUAUUUAUGAGUGGAUUAUAAUCAUGUAAUCAAUUUCUUUCAAGGUUUUAGUAAGAUUUUAGCAUUUUGCUCAUUUCUAUACUGUUGCUGUAGUGUGGAUGUGGAAGUGUGUGUGUAUGCAUAGGUGCUACUGUGAAACUUAAGCAACAAUUCUGGGCAUCUGAUCACUGUCAUAUCAAGAUUUUAUAGUUCAAUAGCACACAGACCUAAAUUUAAAACAAAAACAACAUUCCAGGGGUUAAUGGACAUUCAAUAUAUAUAACUUAAGCCAUUGAAGCAAAAUCAGCUAUUCGGUUAUUAUGAGUCUGUUACAUGGACAAUUUUCUAUUUCUUUAAGGUAAAAAAUAAAUACAGCAGUUAUAUUGUACUUUUACAGACAGGUGUACAUCAUUAUUUGAACCGACCAGGUCUGAGAGGUUCUCUGGAGCAGAGGGGUCCUUCAGUGGUUUCCAGGAAAAUCUAGGAAAAGAAUACUGUCUCUGCUUAUUCAUGUGAAACGAGGCCUGAUGAGAAUGACCUGGGAAUUUCCAUUUUAAUUAUACGUUCCACUUUCUCCAUGGUUAUUUCUCCAUCUACAGUACAGGCAAUUGUUUAGCUCUGUUACAUCAUAUCCACAAAAUAAAGGAAACUCCUCUUCUUCUAGCAUCUUUGACAUGAUGAAACUUUUUGGGAGGACCUGCUCUGGACCACUUCAAAAAUUAAUGUAUUUUCAAAGUCUUGGAAAUAUCAAAUUUG